AUGUUAAAAAAUUGUUUGAAAUUUUAUGAAAAUUAUCAAAAAGAAAUUAAAAAUCAAAGAGAAUUAAUAAAUGAUUUAUCAACUCGUGUUGAAAAUUUAGAAAUCCAUUUUAAUAAAAAUGAUCAAGAUAUUAAAAAAUUUAAACAAGAAUUUUAUUAUUUAUUUAAAUCAAAUAAUCGAUUUAAUAAUGUUAUAGAUGAUGAUGAUGAUGAUAAAGAGAUUAUUUUAAAUAAUAAUCCAAAAUUUAUAAAAUCUUUAAAAGUUGAAUCACAAGAAUCACAAGAAAAUAUUUCUUCUAAACUUGAUCGAAUUCAUUUUAAAAUUCAAAAUAUUAUUAUUAGAAGAGAAAGUUUAGGUAAAAUUAUUAAAAAAAGAAAUUUUAAAGUUUUAUCAUAUAAUUUCACUCGUGAUGAAUUAAUUCAAUAUACAAAAUCUGAAAAUUUUAUUACUUUAAAUAAUGAUAUUAAAAGAAUUAUUAAUAAUCUUAUAAAUAAAAUGUUACAAGAUGAGUUGACGAAUUUGAAGGAUAAAAAUUCGAUUUGGGAAGAUAAUGAAGAUGCAAGUUCGAAUUUGGGAGAUAAUGCGAAAAAUGUUGAAGAUGUAAAUUCGAAUCGGGGCAAUAAUCACGCUAAUAUUCAUGAUAAUAUUCACGAUAAUAUUCACGACAAAGAUAAUAUUCACGACAAUAAUCACGACAAUAAUCACGACAAAGAUAAUAUUCACGAUAAUAUUCACGAUAAUAUUCAAGAUAUUCACGAUAAUAAUCAUGACAAUAAUCGUGACAAUAAUCACAAUAAUAAUCCCGAUAAUAAUCACGACGAUAAUAUUAAUAUUCACGAUAAUAAUUACCAAGAAACGAUUCCUAUACUUGAAACUCUUCAUUCUCAAAUUCAACAAAUUAUUGUUCAAAAAGGAAUUCUUGGUUAUAAAGUUAGGUUAAGGCAUUUUAAAGCUCUUUUAGAAAAAUAUUUUACAAUUGGUGAUUUUAUUCAAUAUUCAAAAACAAAUAAAUUUUAUUCUUUGAAUGAUAAUUCACAGAGAUUAAUAAAUCUUUUCAUUCAUAAAAAUUUAACACUAGAAUUUGAACAAGAAAAUAUGAUAUUAUCACAAAAUUUAGAAGAAUAUAUUAAAAGAGGUUUAAUUCCAGAAUUACCUUUAAAGUAUAAUAAUUAUACCGAGUAUAGGAAAAGUGGUAUGUUUCACGGAUUAAAGAAAAAUUUAAAAAGAAAUGUUGAAAAAUUAGUUGAAUUAGAAGAAAGAUUGGCAAAUGAUAAAUGA